AUGCAUUAUUUGUAUCUGCAUGAAAAGACUUAUGAUGGGCAGUAAUGUCGACCAUCUUUACGCGUUCUUCUUUUCAGGGCCUCGGACAGUGACAUAUUACCUUUCCCCCCUCCAUUUCCGUCCCAGAGAUGUUUUUAAAUGUAUACUUUUUUGGUAUUUCUUUUCCCCUUCCUUUCUAAUUUUAUUUUGGGUUUUUUUCUGAUAUUUUUGUUAAGAUGCGAUUCAUAUAACUUACGGACACUAUUAUUGCGCAAUAUUCAGAGAAAAAUUGAGAAAUACUAUCCUGUUUGUGGCAUUUCACCGUUUUACUUCCGCUAUGUUUACUGUAUUUCAAGUUACAUUUUCUACUAAGUCUGCUGGAUGAUUACUCAAUGUUGGUUCUCUGUAGUUUUGUGUUAUGAACUCUAAGGGCCGCUGUUGACCAGAGUGUGCACGGCUGAGAGUAAUGCUGUAGCAGCUCCUUCUAUGUAACAUCACCAUAAUGAAAAGAGACACGAAGGGAAAGAACGGACUUUCGGGAUGUAUGAUAAACGACACCACGACCUCCAAAACCGUCUAUUUUUACUCUGUGGAUUGUACAGCUGCAAAAUGGAUGUUUGACACUUCGAUUGAUUUCAGUUGAUCGGAUAUUUAACCGGACUGUCGACCCUUGAGGAGAAAAUUCACCGAUAGAACAAUGAAGGGACAAGCGCUGUUGUUCAUCUCUAUCCUUUUGCUUGGCUCCGUUAUGGGGCAGGUCAGCUACACAAUACCCGAGGAAAUAACGAAAGGCUCUUUCAUUGGUAAUAUAGCACAAGAUUUAGGUUUAGAAACCAAACGUUUGACUUCUGGUAAAGCUCGAAUUUAUUCCCGAGACAGCGAUGACUACAUCGAGCUGAACAGAGAAAGGGGAGUCCUCCUCGUCAAAGAGAGAAUCGACAGAGAGGUGCUUUGCAGACAGACGACGCCUUGUGCUUUACAUUUUCAGAUUAUUUUGGAGAAUCCUAUGGAAUUUUAUAGCGUUACAGUCCAGAUCACAGAUAUUAAUGAUAAUAAACCAACCUUUGAAGAGGGAGAAAUCAAAUUUAAAAUAAGUGAGUCGGCGUUUAUCGGGACAACAUUUGUGCUGGAAAGGGCUGCGGAUCUUGAUGUUGGAAUUAAUGCUGUUCAAAGCUACGAACUAAAGCCUACUGAUAAUUUUGCACUGAAACUGCACAAUAAUGCAGAUGGGAAUAACAAUGUUGAGAUGGUGCUACAGCAGCCUUUAGACAGAGAGAAACAAGAGCAGAUAUCGCUGGUAUUAACGGCUGUAGAUGGAGGAGAGCCACAUAUGUCAGGAACAAUGCUGAUUGUUAUUACAGUUUUAGACGCUAAUGAUAAUGCUCCAGUUUUUACACAGCCAACAUACAAGGCUACAGUUACUGAGAACUCACCUAAAGGAACAAUUGUUGCUACUAUUUCAGCCUCAGAUGCAGAUAACGGUUCUAACGGCAAAAUAACAUAUUCAAUCACAAAUAUGUUAGAUGAUGUCAGAAAAGUGUUUAGGAUGAACAGGGAUAGUGGUGAUGUUACUCUAAUUGGAAAUAUAGAUUUUGAGGAGUCACGGCAUUUUCAAAUAAAUGUACGUGCUAGUGAUGAUGGAGGACUCACUGAUUCGUGUAAAUUAAUCGUUGAUGUGCAAGACAUAAAUGACAACAGGCCUGACAUUAACAUAAUGUCUAAGUCAACUGUUAUAUCAGAGGAUGCCAAGCUUAAUACUGUGGUUACGAUGAUAAAUAUUGAGGACAGAGACACAGGAGAAAACGGGAAAGUGCAGUGUUUUAUUAGCGAAAAUGUACCAUUCAUUUUAAAAACGUCUACCACUAAUUUCUAUAGUUUGGUAACCGACAGUGAAUUAGACAGGGAGAUAUUAUCUGAGUGUAAUAUAACAGUGACCUGCUCUGAUGAGGGAGUCCCCUCCCUCUCCAGCAGCGUCACUCUCACCUUACAGAUUUCUGAUGUGAAUGAUAACGCGCCUGUCUUUGAGAGGAGCUCAUAUGAGGCUUACAUUGUAGAAAACAACACACCAGGUCUCUCUAUAUUCACAGUGAAAGCCAGAGACGCUGACUGGAACCAGAACGCCCGUGUUUCUUACAUACUGGAGGACUCCUCUGUUAACGGAGUGCCAGUCUCCUCAUAUGUGUCCGUUAGUGCUGAUAGUGGAGUCAUCCAUGCAGUGCGCUCUUUUGACUACGAGCAGAUCAAAGACUUCCACAUCCGCGUGAAAGCGCAGGAUGGAGGCUCCCCACCACUCAGUAGCAACGUGACUGUGAAAGUAUUGAUCAAGGACAAGAACGACAACCCUCCUCAGGUGCUGUACCCAGUCCAGACUGGUGGCUCUCUGGUGGCUGAAAUGGUGCCUCGUUCAGUCGAUGUGGGCUAUCUGGUCACUAAAGUGGUGGCUGUGGAUGUGGACUCUGGACAGAAUGCCUGGCUCUCCUAUAAACUGCAGAAAGCCACAGACAGGGCGCUGUUUGAAGUGGGCUUACAGAAUGGAGAAAUAAGAACUAUCCGCCAAGUCACUGAUAAAGAUGCUGUGAAACAAAGACUGACUGUUAUAGUCGAAGACAACGGGCAGCCCUCUCGUUCAGCUACAGUCAUUGUUAACGUGGCGGUGGCGGACAGCUUCCCUGAAGUGCUGUCUGAGUUCACUGACUUUACUCAAGACAAGGAGUACAACGACAACCUGACUUUCUACUUAGUGCUGGCUUUGGCUGUAGUUUCCUUCCUCUUCAUCACGUGUCUAGUGGUUAUUAUAUCAGUUAAGAUCUACAGGUGGAGACAGUCUCGCGUCAUGUAUCACUCCAACCUCCCUGUGAUUCCGUAUUAUCCACCACGUUACUCAGACACUUUGGGGACAGGGACUCUCCAACACGUGUACAACUACGAGGUGUGCAGGACGACUGACUCCAGAAAGAGUGACUGUAAGUUCGGCGGAGCCGGUAGUCAGAACGUGCUAAUAAUGGACCCCAGUUCUACAGGGACGAUGCAGCGGAUACAGAGUGAGAAGAGCAUCCUGGAUGAGCCAGACUCUCCUCUCGAGGUUAGACUGCUUUAACAUUUGUUUUUACAAACCAUUAUCCGUAAACUGUUUCAACUUUAAAGCUCAUUGUUUCCAGGUGGGAAUAAUGUUACAUGUGGUUCAGCGAUGAUCUUCUCCUAAACUCGCUGUACUGACCCUCUCAACCUAUAUUCUGUUUAGCCUAAAAUAUGUAUUCCAUCAAUGCUUCAAUCUCUUUUUGGACUUUGCUGAAUAUGAUCAGUUUUUAUUUCUUGAUGUUUCUAUAUUUUUACAUCGGCUUCAUCUGAAUAUAAAGGCAGAUGCAUGCAGAUACAGACAUGCUGUCAUUUUAGCUUUCUGACUUAGUAUUCUGAAAUCGUAUCUGAUUGUUUUACUACUUCCUAUAUCAACUGGUUUCCAUUGAUUCGUAUAUUUUUUUUGGACAACAGUCAUGGUAUGGGAAGUUAAUUUGGGCAGGUGAAUCCGUGUCUUUUGGCGAGACUUAUUUCUUGUUGUCGGUCCUUCAUCAGAAUAUAUUGAUUUCAGAACAUCGGACAGCGAAAAUGAAUUAAUCUGCUUGUUUGUCAUCUUUGUAUUGUUUCAAAUGCAUCUAGUGAGAUGUGUUGAUCCAUUAACCAGCUCCAUAAUUUAU